CUGAAACGUUUUGGGGACACUACAGUCCUGAUCACAAACGUGCUUCAGAAUAGUGGUACAGCUACUGUACAGGAUGCAGGAUAUUCAUGGCCUGGUUUCAAAGCUCACCAGUAAAACCAAUGAUGGCAACAGAGCUGCAUGCAGAAAGUGUGGAUAUGCUGGUCAUCUAACAUUCCAGUGCAGAAACUUCAUCAAAUCAGACCCAGAGAAGGAUGUGGUAUUGGAUGUCAGCAGUACCAGCUCCGACUCCAGUGAGGAGUUUGUUUCCCCUCUCACUAAGCUCGCACAGAGUAACAAGCCAAAAGAAAAGAAGUUUUUCAAAACUGAGAAGAAGAAAAAGAAAAAAAGCAACAGAAGGUCAAGGUCAAGGUCUCCAAGACAUAAAAAGUCUAAACAUAGAAACAGGGACGAUUCGGAUGAGACUUCAGACUCGGAAGACGACAGACGGUCACAUAAACACAAACAAAGGACUAAAUCAGAUUCUGAGUCGGAUUCCUCACUAGAUAGGGAGCGGAAAAGACAGAAGAAAAAGAAGAAGAAAGAAAAACAUUCUUCAGAUGAUGAUGAAGACUCUUCUGAUUCAGAACAUGACAGAAAAGCGAAGAAAAAACACAAAAAGAACAAAAAGCAUCGGAAAUCAAAACACAAAAAACACAGACAUAGAGAUGAUAGCAGUGAGUCAAGCUCAUAGUCAUUGAGUGUAUUCACCAUCUAAACAGAAGAGUCAUAACUGUCCGAUAGAGUGGGAAAUGGUCGAAUCCAUAGUUCACUAGUUCACAGUUCAUGACAGUGUGUUCAUUGAAUUUUUGACUAACUGAGAGGCAAUGUGUGUGAUCAUUAAAAUACAGAGAGCAUGACCGUGUAAAAGUGUGUUCACAUUAAUCAUAUCGAGUUUAUGUCAGUAAAAGCAGAGCUUUUUCCACACUGUUCACUGAACAUGACAACGAAAAUAUAUGUCCAUUGUUCACAGCUUAUGUAUGUAAAAUUAAGGCUGUGUCCAUUGCUCACAUUGUAAACAUUAAUUCAAAAUGAAUUAAUUAAAUGCAUACAUUUAAUUUGUUCGUCAAAUGCAAGACUAUGUGUGUUCAUUAGUGUUUACGGAAUAUGAGGGUAGAAUGGACAAACUCGUAGUUAAGGGCAAAGAUGUGUGUUACUAUAAUAAUCGAUUAUGAUUAACACAGUGUUGACAGAGUAAGGUGUCAAUCUAAUCAUAAUCAGACCUCUCAAGACUGCUUCGUUACCUUCGCUGAGAGAGGCAGCAUAGGUUAUGAAGCGGUCUUGAGAGAGGUCUGAUUUUAAUUUGAUUGAGCAAGGUACCUUUUCUUUGCUGUAUACAAAAAAAAUAAAAAAAAUGGGUGGGUAUACAUGUAUAUAAUGUAUGUUUUGGUCAAACUCGAUACUGAUGUUCCCAGUAGCCAUGUCAUCCUAGACCAAACAAA